GCACUACUCUGACUGUGUUGCAGCUCCCUCUAAACCAUCUCCAGGAUUUUAGCAGCUUCCACCCCUGCUCGAGAACCUGUAAGCAUGUUUCUCGCAAAGGCGAUCCUGGAAGGUGCAGAUCGGGGUCUUGGAGGGGCUCUUGGAGGCCUUCUUGGAGGAGGUGGCCAGGCAAGAGCAGGCGGGGGCAACAUCGGAGGGAUCAUUGGAGGAAUUGUCAAUUUUAUCAGCGAGGCUGCUGCAGCUCAGUAUACCCCAGAGCCGCCUCCCCGACAGCAGCAUUUUACUGUCGUGGAAGCCUCAGAAAGUGAGGAAGUCAGGCGUUUUCGGCAGCAAUUUACACAGCUGGCUGGACCCGACAUGGAGGUGGGUGCUACUGACUUGAUGAAUAUUCUCAACAAAGUCCUUUCUAAGCAUAAGGAGCUGAAGACAGAUGGCUUCAGCCUUGACACCUGCAGGAGCAUUGUGUCUGUCAUGGACAGUGACACCACAGGGAAACUAGGCUUUGAGGAAUUUAAGUACCUGUGGAACAACAUCAAGAAAUGGCAGUGUGUUUUCAAGCAGUAUGACAGCGACCAUUCUGGCUCCCUCAGAAGAUCCCAGAUGCACGGAGCCAUGCAGGCAGCAGGCUUCCAGCUAAAUGAGCAACUUUACCUAAUGAUUGUCCGGAGGUAUGCUGACGAAGAUGGCAGUAUGGAUUUUAACAACUUCAUCAGCUGCCUGGUUCGCCUGGAUGCCAUGUUUCGGGCUUUCAAGACUCUGGACCGAGAUAGGGAUGGCCUGAUUCAGGUCUCCAUCCGAGAGUGGCUGCAGCUGACCAUGUAUUCCUGAAAUGGACGCAGAGAGGUAGAGACCCUCCCUGGAUGACAGGACUGCAGAAAGCUGUGUCAUAUGAGCCACAGCUCAUAGCCCACUCACCAGCUACCGUUUCCUGGUGGGCUCUUAUAAUGCCGCAUAUGCCUACUCUUCACUGCUUAAUUAAAACUAUUU